CCAACCAACAACACUCUCUCCCACAAUAUCGCGAGAGACAGGCUGGGGCUGGAGGCAGAGAAAUAUUCAUAUUCUUAAAACAACAACAGAGCAAUAUACAGACGCCAUAAACAGCCGCAACAGCUACCAUGAGGUUAAUGAACACGUUCACGCUUAAACGAUGUGAACCGUUGAUUAGAUAAGGCGGUGUAGAGUGGGAUGAGGAGUGAUAUUUAGGGCAGCAGCACUGGUUUGUUGCUUAUACGGCUAGCGAGCUAUGUAGCUAGUUAGCUGUGUGGCUAACGUUUGUUAGCUAUUUACAAGAUAGCUAGCUUAGUUAGGUAAUUUGCGGAUAGUGGAUAGCUAGCUAGCUUAGUUAGCUGGCUGGCUAGCUAGCUAGUUUUUGAGGAUUGCGAAUGCCGUUUGUCUCCAACAAGCGGAGCCCCAGCACAAGAAAAGCAGCGGUCUCGAGUUACACACGGAGCCGAAAAUGGCCAUGGAUCGGUUCCACUGGUUGCUUUUAGGGCCUUGAAAAACAAGACCACCAGAGGAAUAAAAAGCAUCAAGACUAGUCCUGCAUCAUCUUUCUGAUGUUUUCUGAAGAGACUCAGCAUGCUGAUGCCUAUGUAUAAAUUAGCACGUGUUGCUUCAUGCAGUGUGCAGGAACUGUUCUAGAGCAGCUUAAACAUCUAGUACAAUCACUUUUUAAAUGGAAGUCGACCAUCAUCAUUUCUCACUUCUUGGCCCAUCGCAUUUCCCGGAAUUACGAGCUGUUUCAAACAUUACCCGAUGAACAGAGCGUGCCACUCCCUUGACCCGUCAGGUUUUGACAAUUUGCCUGAUCCUUGAUCAAAAGGUUUCAGUGAUUAGUCGCCAAAUCACCAUAAAUCAGUCUCUCAGUUAGUCAGUUAUGAACGGCUCGCUCUUAACCCCGCCCAGCCCAAGGGCCACAGCAAGUUCCUCCCCUCUUCCCCCAUCUCCAUCUCCUUCUCCAUCCCCUCCAUCUCCCUCCCUGCUGCCUCUUUCUCCACGUCCUCCACCUUUACCCCCUCCAGCUCCUGCCAACCAGCCUCUGUCUUCUCUCUCAGACACGCCUACUCCCUCGCCCUCUCCAUGCCUUAGCUGGACCGAGUUCUGUGAGCUUCAUGCCCGGGUAGCGGCUGGUGAUUUUGCCCGGCAUUUUCGAGCCUUUUUGCUGGAGAACCCGCAUUACUCCCCAGAUUCUGCUGCUGCUUUCUGUCGCCGCUUCACAGAUCGAUUCGUUCGACAUUUCGAGAGUGAACUGGAAGGAAGCGGUGCUGGAAGGGAUGGGACUGGGAGUUGGGUUGCCCAGUCAGAUGCGACGUCAUUGGAAGAGGAGGCAACAUCUCCGCCACUUUUGCCACCUGAGGCUGCAGCUCCCUGCCCGCCUACUCACAUUCGGGCUCCGCCAAAGCCCCUGACAGUUCGACCAGGAUUGGACAUCCGAGGUGGUGAGCGUUUCCAGAACCCAGCAGCUUUUCAGGAUUCAUAUGCUCACACACAGAUUCUUCCCCCUUCAUCGUCAUCAUCUUGCUCCUCAUCGAUGGGUGGCAACAAUGGACGGAGGGAAGACAGAUUGACGGUUAAGCAGUGUCCCAGCAACUUGCCUGGGAACGGAGACGUAGAAGAGGAGGAGAACAGUUGGGUGGGACCUGUGACUGGAGAGGAGGCGGAGUCAGACGAGCAAGCAGGAAAGGAUGGAGAGGCAGAGGGUGGGGCUCUAACUGACAGAGCUGAUGGCAGCCAGACUCCAUUAAGCCCCACCUCUGGUGUACAGUUGAACUCUGACUCUAAAGGCAAUGGCACACCAAUGGGGGGUCACUCCAAAAACAAACUGAAGAAGCGCUUCUCUUUGCGCAGCGUGGGCCGGAGCGUUCGGGGGAGUGUGCGAGGCAUCCUGCACUGGCGCAGCUCCUCCAGUGAUUCCCCCCAGAACUGUGGCCCCUCAAACCCGGCACAGCUGCCCACCAGCUACAGCUACACUACAGGCCUGCAAGACGGCAAGCGGAGCUCAGGCUCCCAGGCUGUCCCGGCCUCUCUCCCUGUUUCUCUUUCCCUUCCUCUCUCCCUGCCCCACUCUUCCUCAUCCUCCCUGCCCCCUUCUUCGUCCAGCAGCGCCACAUCCCUCUCGCUUUCUGAAGCUCGUGAUCGGAGAAGAAGUAACGGUGAAGGUGAAAAGGAGAAGUGGAGUCACAGACUGGAGAAACUACGUCUGUCCCGAUCUCCUCCACCCACCCUGCCAACCACCUUGGGACCUUCUUCAGGGCUGUUACCCUCGGCCUUGCCCCCAAGCAGCGCGUCAGCUCCAAGGAAGACGGGUAGGCUUGUCCGAGAGGGAGGAGUUACUGUCUUUUCAACGUCAGAUGAGUUUGCGGCCUCUCACGGUUUUCCAGGCUUUUCCUUUGGGCUGCUCCAUCACGGUACGGACAACAACACAGCCUCUGGUACAGGUGCAGGGCAGACAGGUGGAGUGCAGCCUCUGGUCACAGGGGGGGGUAUAGGUGGACGGGGCUCACGCUGGCACAAGUGUCGACUGGUUCUAAAAGAGAGAGACAAGGAAGGAGGAGAGAGGGGGGAGGAGUACUUCCUGGAGUUUUACAUCCCUCCCAAGUCAUCCAAACCCAGGCUGACUAUACCAUGCUGCUCCAUUGUUGAUGUAAGGAGCACCACAGCUCUUGAGGUUCCAGACAAGGAGAACACUUUCCUUCUGCAGUUGGAAGGACAGGUGCAGUAUGUAAUCGAGACCCGAGAUGCAGUUCAGAUGAGAUCUUGGCUGAGUGACAUCAGGAAUGGCAUCUGUCUAAGUGAGCAAGACGACAUUGAGGGUGUGUGUGGAGCACAGACAGACCUCAGUGGAACACCUGAAUUCAGUGAUCGCCUGUCUCAAGUGUGUUAUGGAGGUGUUGGUGGUUCCCCUCUGUUGGAGCCCCUGCCUCCUGAGUUGCCACCCCGUGCCCCUCUCGAUGAAACUGAUAGCCGACUGCUGGGUGGAGGCGGAGCUAGCCUCGGUACGCCGUUUGCAGAGACUCCUGAUGCCACAGGGUCCUUCCUGUUCUCAGAGGGCUCGGUGGCAGAGCCAGUGGAGCACCCACUGAGCGAAUGUCAGUGGUUCCAUGGCACGCUCUCCCGACUAAAGGCUGCACAGUUGGUACUGGCCGGUGGUUUGGCAAGCCACGGAGUCUUCCUGGUGCGGCAGAGUGAGACGCGGCGUGGAGAGUAUGUUCUCACCUUCAACUUCCAGGGCAAAGCUAAGCACUUACGUCUCUCUCUGAAUGAGGACGGCCAGUGUCGCGUGCAGCAUCUCUGGUUCCAGUCCAUCUUUGACAUGCUGGAGCACUUCCGGGUGCACCCCAUCCCCUUGGAGUCUGGGGGAGCCUCUGACGUCACCCUCAUCAGCUUUGUGGGCGCAACAGCUGUCCGGCAGCCAGACUUGAGCAGCAGACCCCGUAGCCCCCCUCAACCCCCUCCGCCCCCUCUCCCGCCCGGACGCCCGCCGCCCCCCACGCCCCCUCAGGAGCGGGGCAGCGACCCAGAGCCUGCCGGAGGAGGAGGGGGUGCAGCGGGCAGCGGGACGGACGAGUGUGAGGACCGAGAGAGGGACGUGCCCCUCCGCCAGCUGGAAGGAGCGGAGGGCGAGGAGAGAGAGGGAGGCCGGGCGCGAGCCAUCGACAACCAGUACUCCUUCUUCUGAGAGUGGAACAGGAGAGCCAGUCACAAUCAGUAUUUUUCACUUUGUAGGAAGAGACGAACUCAAGGGGGCGGGUGAGGAACAGAGUUACUAACACUAUAUAUAAUUAAAAAAAACAACAACAAAAAAAAAAGCUUGCAAAGAGCGAGAGAGAGACGGAGGGAGAUGUACACACUCAAACACACACGCACACACACACAGAAACACAUGAACACACUGACCACUGAAAGGGUGACAUACAAAACACUAAAGUAAACGGUACACUAACUGGAGCUCAGCUAAAAACAUGUUGGUCAAUGUUACACUACUUUUUUUUUCUUUUCAUUUUUUUAAGUGUGUCUCAGUAUUAAACGUUCCUCACCUGGUUCUGUUGCAUAGGGAUGCAGCAGCUGCUGCAGCGGUACUGUUCUUUCACCUCGUGCAAUCACACUGGAUGGUACUCUGCCACCACGUGGUGCUAUCAUUUACACACACACAAACAGAUAAACCUUUCAUAUUUUUCUUCAUCCAGCAGCACUCUUAGGGGUAUAGGUUUUUGGUAAGUUGUUUUGUGCUUUCAUUUGUAUUUCAUGUUUUUUUUUUCAAAACAACCCAAACUCAAACUCAUCUCUGUGUCCGUGGAUACGAUAAGGUACGACAAAACAGAUGUUAAACAUCUCCGUGGAUGUCAUUACCUCAGUCCUGUGGUUAUACGUCUCUCAUACUCCUCAAGACUGAUGCUGCACCCAAAACCACACACUACCACAUUCUACUAAUGAAUGCACUUCUACAUAGCUGGUUUGCUGUUUUGGCAUACUGGUAUUCAGUGUGGUAGUGUUCCGGUGUGGCUGCAACCCGAGCUAUCUGAUCUGGGGCGACCCUUUUCCCCUUGGAGAAAAGGGGGCUGAUCCCAGAUCAGUGGCCUUACAUAGAGACGUUUGAAGUGUUUUGAAGUGAGCCUUGAGCUCUCAUUCGCUGCCCCCUGCUGGAGGGUGCACCUCAUUAAGCUAUAGGAUCAGCAUUUUCUCAACCAAUCCGCUGUGUGGCUCAUCUGUGGUAUGCUGGCAUUCGUGCCAGUCACUCUUUUUUCCGUGGAUAUGUCUGGGUCAGGUCAUUGGAAUGUCGGUUAACAUGGAGAACAGGGCUGAAUGAUACUGAACAACAAAUCAGCAAGCAGGUUACACAGAUACUAUUCUUAAAUCGAGCUGAAAAGUCUGUAAAGAGUGUGUUGAGAGGGGGAGUUGAGGAAAUAGGCCAGUAUUCAGAUUAACCCAAGUGAACAAGUGUAUUCCAUUUAAUUUCAGUGGCACUGAUAUGUAUGUAAAAUCCAUUAUUUUAAUCAAUCUCCAAAAUGGCAACUUUAGGCAACAAAUUUUCUGCACUGCACAUUUUAAAGGGCCCUUCAAUCUCAAUCAGUUGGUCCUUCAGCCCCCCCCCACCCCCCUGGAAGAUCUACACAUACAGGUGUAAUGAUACCUGUAUUUGUACUAAUUUGUACACUUUGUGUUCACUUCAUAUUCAUAAGGAAAUUAGCACAUUAAAUCUGAGUGCUAAAACCCAAUGGCAGCAUACCACAGAUAUGGAAAAACGUGAUUUGAGUUGGAAAUACUGAACCUCCAUCUCUAAUGUCAGGAUACAGUCCCUCUCUCUGUCUCUCUGUAUCUCUCUCUCUUUCUCUCUGUCUAUAUCCAACACCUGCACUUCUUCAAUUAUAUAGUCAUGUUAGCUUUUUUAUUUGUUUCAUGUCCCUCUUUCUAAAUACUCUCCGUGUAUCUCGUGUUCCCCUUUUAAUCUCUCAUCUCUCUUGUCUUGUACAAACACACUCACACACACAUACACUGUUUUUACUUUUAUUUGUGAGUUUGUUUUAGUGGUGGAGUCCAGAGGAGGGAGAGAGAAUGUCAUUUCAUUUACAAGAGAAAUAGUUUCUUAUUGAUUAUGCUGACAAGGAUGGUAAUAAUUAUGAUAGUAAUAAUUCUCUAAAUAAUAGUAUUAAUUUUAUUUUUUAUUUGUUUGUUUUUUAAGAAAAUGCCUUUUGUUGUAUGUCAUUUACUAUACGUAUGCAUAAUAUUUGUUCUCCAGAUUUUUUUGAGUUCUAAAUAUUUUUUGUGCCUUUAUAUCGCUUGUAAGCUUGUAAUCUCCCUCAGCCUGUCCCACUACAGUUUCCUCACGUUUAAAGAAAAUGUAAAAAAAAAAAAAAGACUACAAAAAAAAAGAAGACAAGGAUGAAACAGCCCUUAUCUCCCGUGCCUUUUCUGUGUUACAUUAUUUCCCUUCAUUCUGUGCCAGUCUUGGUUUUGUGCCUGUCUGUUUCGCCAUGUCCAGCAGUUUUAGUGCCUGCCCUUUACCUCCCUACUCCCUUUUUCUUCAUGCAAUCAUUAUAUCCCACCAACUUUCUCUGUCAUCUUUAUUUGUUAUAUCGCUGUAUUUCCCUCUAUUACUUUUUUUCUGUCUUCUCUACCCCACACCCUAUCCUACUCCUAUUUUUGAACUUCUAUUUGUGCCUUUUCUCUCUCUCUCUUUCUCUCUCUCUCUGUUAUUCUCUUUCACUCUCUCUCUCUCUUUCUCUCUCUCUGUGCUGGGACCGUGUGUUGAGGUGGACAGUGUUGUCCACUCUGUGUAAUUAGUUUCAGGUACUACAUUGAAUUUAAUAAUAAUAAUAAAUAAUAAUGAUGAUGAUAAUAAUAAUAAUAAUAAUGGUGGUGAUGAUAAUGAUGAUGAUGAUGAUAAUACAAUAUAAUAUAAAUAUACUGAAACAAA